AUGGGAAGAAGUCAAUACAGUUGCGGUGUAGAAGUCAGGAAGGUUGUGAAGAAUCUCUUUCUCGCUCUCCUCGCUGCUCUCUCUCUCUCGGAUUUUCCAUGUUCCAACUUUCUAGAUUUCCAUUAUUCUUCUCACCACGAGGAGCUCAAGCUUUUUAGCAUUUACUCCCAACACAAUCAAGACAAAAUCAAGCAGUACGAGCGUGCCUGGGGAAAGGCUAAUGGUCGCGUCGGCGGUCUUGUCAGCGGUCUAACUGCCUACAAUGAGGGUACGGGAAUUCAUGCCUUGGACCAUGCGGAAACACAGGCUAAUCGAACCAGGGGCGGUCUUACUACCUACAAUGAGGGUAUUGGAAUUCAUGCCUUGGACCUUGCUGAAAAACAGGCUAAUGGUCGAGCAUCCUACAAUGGGGAAUCUGGUCUGGCUGCCUACGUGGCGGACCAUGCUGAAAAAGGGACUUUGAUAAAAAGACUAACACACCGAACCAUGCCAGGAGGAACCCGAUACCCAAUUCCUCUACCUGACCAGGAGCACCGACCCGUCCCCAGAGCAAACGUGGACUUCGAAGACGUGAAAAAGGAUAUCGAUACGCUGAAUGAGGACACGGACCUUUUCUACAAUCAAGCUGCACGCAAAGCAAAGCAGAACCGAGACUUGACUGGAUGUUACAAACAUGCAAAACACUUUCCGGUUGUGAACAUCAGAUACAAUGGGAAACGGCAAACGCUUGGACACUUCAAUACGUGGGCACAAGUUUCCUUUGCCUGGGCGAUUGUUCUCCACAUCACGGAUGCAGUCCGAAACGAAACAGACCUGGAAUCAGAGGAAAUCUUCAAAGCAGCAGGCUCAGAGGCCCAUUCUGUGGUGGUACAUGGAGUAGUGGGGAUGUACUGGAAUGAGAACGUGAAGAAAGCCUUGACAAAAGGUGGUAAAAAAGACUAA